UUUCAUUGUUAGGAAACUGUGGCCCCCCAGUGAACUUAAAAUUAGCAGAGCUAACCAAUGAAUAUAAAAACAAGACUUCCUUCCCUGUUGGUUCAACUGUGAAAUAUAUGUGCCGACCAGGCUAUGCUGGACUUAGAACUUCCAUUAAAUGCCUUAGUCAUCUGAAGUGGUCAGACAUUAAUGAAUUCUGCAGAAAGAAAUCGUGUAGAAAUCCAGGAGACCCAGAAAAUGGCAGGUUGAUUGUGCCAGAAGAUUUUCUCUUUGGUUCCACCGUAAAUUUCACCUGUGAUGAAGGGCACAAGCUAAUUGGUCAGUCUUCCAUGCGAUGUGUGCUGUCUGGCCCAAAUGUAAUAUGGAGUGGUAAAAUUCCAUUUUGUCAACGUAUACGAUGUUACUCACCUCCAGAUAUUCCUCAUGGCAAGCAGAAAUACAAUCAAGAAGACUAUUACUAUGGGGAUGCUGUAACUUACACCUGUGACAAAGGCUACUCCCCUGUUGGAGACACCUUUAUUCACUGUACAACUAAGGAUGGAGAAAAUGGAGUGUGGAGUGGCCGUUUAUCCUGUGGAGGUGUGCUUUUCACAAGUUCUUUUGUUGCUUGUGUACAAAAGUCCAACCUAUGUUAA